AUGGAUAUGUCGAAAGUCGUUAGCUUUUCCCGGAAUUUCGCCGUCUUGGUCAAAGUCGAAGGCCCUGAUCCAAAGGGAUUGAAGAUGAGGACACAUGCUUUCCAUCAAUACCAUUCUGGCAAUACAACACUCUCAGCUUCUGGGAUGUUGUUUCCUAGAAGCGUCUUGAGCGGUGAAGUUGCGGCGGCUAAGCUUAUGGCUGAGGACCAGGACGUGGCUCUGGUUUUGACUGUUGCAUCUCUUGUAGAACCAUUCUUAACUAUGGCUCAUAGAACUAGUCUCUCUCAGGAUCCGGUGAAGUUGAUUCCUGGUGCUCGGAUUGAGGUUAUGGUGGAGGGUCAGCUAAACUCGGAAAAGGAAGAUCCUUUUUGGGUUCCUGCGCAACUCCUUUCGCUGGUUGAUGUCCCUGUAUCAUCUGCUGCACUCGAGUCUCUUAUUGUAAAUGCUUCCUCGGGUUCAAAAGAUUCAGGAUGGGAUGUUGGUUGGUCUUUGGUCUCUGCUGAUAAUGGUUCUCAGCCUUCAAUUAAUGUUGAACAUUUCAGCAAGCCUUUGAUGCAACUUAAUGAGCCACUCAAAGCUAGUUUUAUGGCCAAGUCUGCCACUCGAAUGGCUCUUCUAGGAGUCUCCUUAAGUUUAUUGGGUCAGCCAAACAUUAAUUUCGCUUCUGCAAGUAGUAAAGGUGAUACACUUGUAACACUUGGCUCUCCUUUUGGAAUCCUUUCACCUGUACACUUCUUUAACAGUGUAUCAACUGGUUCCAUUGCCAACUGCUAUCCUUCUGGGUCUCUAAAGAAGUCAUUGAUGAUGGCUGAUGUUCGAUGUCUCCCUGGAAUGGAAGGGGCUCCAGUGUUUGAUAAGAAUGGGCACUUCAUUGGCAUUUUGAUUAGACCUCUGAGGCAAAAGAACAGUGGCGUUGAAAUUCAGCUGGUGGUUCCGUGGGGAGCAAUCACAACUGCUUGCAGCCACUUGCUGCUUGAAGAGCCAUCUGGUGGAGGAAGUGAAGCUUUGAGGAUUAAGACAGAUGCUAGUAUUCCUGUACAAGUGGCUGUUCAGAAGGCAAUGGAAUCGAUUUGUCUUAUCACGGUCGACGAUGGUGUCUGGGCAUCCGGUGUGGUUCUUAACGAACAUGGUCUUAUACUUACAAAUGCUCACCUGCUUGAGCCGUGGAGGUUUGGAAAAGGUGGUGUAUAUGGUGACAAGGACAACGGUUUAGAACCAUAUGUCUUAGGUGCCGAGGAGAGUCAAACAUCUCUUGGAGAGAAAAACAUCAAACACAAUUUCCUUAGGACUGGGCAUAGAGACAUACGUGUAAGAUUGUAUCACCAAGAUUCUUGGUGUCCAGCUAAAGUGGUCUAUAUUUGCAAGGAACAAUUGGAUGUUGCCUUACUGCAGCUAGAAUAUGUCCCCGGAAGGCUCCAACCUAUUGCUGCCAAUUAUUCUUCUCCUCCGUUGGGUUCAUCGGCUCAUGUUAUUGGACAUGGACUCUUCGGACCAAGAUGUGGGCUUUCUCCUUCUAUCUGCACCGGAGUUGUAUCAAAGGUAGUUCACACAAAGAUGAGAAUGUUGCAAGAUGCCACAGAGUUCCCUGCUAUGCUCGAAACAACAGCUGCUGUGCAUCCAGGUGGUAGUGGUGGUGCUGUUGUCAAUUCAAGUGGCCAUAUGAUAGGACUUGUUACCAGCAACGCAAGACAUGGAGCAGGGACAGUAAUACCGCAUCUCAACUUCAGCAUUCCGUGUGCAAUCUUAGCACCAAUCUUCAAGUUUGCAGAAGAUAUGCAGAACGUGGAGAUCCUUCAAACACUUGAUCAGCCAAACGAAGAACUCUCAUCGAUAUGGGCUUUGAUGCCAUCGCUGUCACCAAAGCCUAAGCCAAACACUGAGCAGUCUCUACCAAAUCUGCCUAAGAUAUUCAAAGAUGGCAAUGAGAAACAAAAGAAAGGAUCUCAGUUCGCCAAGUUCAUAUCAGAGACUCAAGAGAUGUUUGUAAAGCCGACCAAGCUUAACCGCAGCGUGAUCCCUAGCAAGUUAUGA